AUGUUUCACGAUUUUGUUUCCAGCGUCAACAGGCUGCUGGUAGACUACCAGAAUACACCCAAAAAUACGAACGUCGACGAGCGAACACAACCAAGUAAGCUCCUUACCUCUUCUAGUUUUCUGGGCAGGUUUGUUUACAACAUAGCGAUCGCGUUUGAAGUUCUUGUGUUCGACGACACUGUUGAGCUUUGGAACACGUUUCUCAAAUACAGGGAGGAAACGAAGGAGCUCUGGUCGAGCCUCAAUGGCCACAAGGUCAAAAAGAGCCUUGUCGAACCCCAAACACAGUGGCAAAAACAGGUGCUGAAAAACAGCGGGUUACUCGAUGCUCGUGUGGACGGUUCGCGUCAACAGGUUAUCUCGCAAAUUGACCUUGCACAGAUGCUAGAACAGCAGGUUCAGAUCAUGCAGAAGUAUUCUCCUCCUCCCCCUCAGUCAAUGAAGAAUAUCUUGAAACUUCUCUCCGAAUCUCAACGUGGAAUCAUUCCUUCUGCAUAUUACAUUGACUACUUGGAGAGCUGGAAACAAAGCGACUACGAGGGCUCUUUUAAUGCGCUACACCGAUAUUUCGACUAUAUGAUGUCCAACAAACAGCAGCUUUUUUACCACUACGCGCUGCUCUCUCUCGCUACAUUACACGCUUCAUUCAAUUCCGAUGAAGAGGCUCUACGAGCCAUUGACGAGGCCAUUCUUGUGGCCAGAGAAAACAAAGAUCUUGACUUCGGGACCAGAUUUUGCAGUUUCUGA